AUGGUUGACACGACAUCCCUCGCGACAGGCGUCCUCUUGGCUUCGGCUUCCGCACUCCUCCUUGCAGCCAUGCUGUAUCCCUCGACCAUGCUGCGCUGGUUCCAGCGCAAGCGAUACCAAUAUGAAGUCACCUUCUCCCUAUACAUGUUGACGUCGACCGAGAAGUUCAUCUUCAACUCUGUGCUCUUCCUCCUACUCUCUCUCCUCAUAAUCGCUGCUUCGCUAUACCUCCCCGAACAUCUUUCCAUCAUCGCGAAUCGUAUCCUCUACUAUGUAUCUGGCAACCAACAAUCGCUCGCCAAUGACGCACAGAAAAUGAGCGUAUCACCGAAUGCUCCCCUAGGAGAUUUCCCGGCCGGUGGAAGGGCCUACAUGGAGCCAUAG